AUGUUUCACUGGCUGUCCCGCGGCGGCGGCCCCGAUGCCGUCGGCUCCCGGGAGGCGCAGCGGCUGCUGUCGGGGGCGGUCGGUGGGCCGGAGUCCGCCGCGGGGUCGGAGGCUGACGAGGAGGACGCGGCGGGGCCCGGGUUCGGGACCGUUCCUGUUCCCGGCCUGAGUCAGGCCAAAGGCCUCGGGAAUUACCUGUACAAUGCUGCGUCAUCUGCUACAAAGAAAGUAUCUGAGUCGGUGCGAGGCACAGCCCAGACAAUAAAGAAAUCGGUAGAGGAACGCAAGAUAGAUGACCUCUUCAAUAAGACAAUUAUUGGAGAUUUCAAAAAGGAACAAGAAAAGUUUGUAAAGGAAAAGAAAUCUAAGAAAUCAGGUUCAACACUUCCACCAUGGGCUGGAUAUAUUGAAGAGGAAUCUAUUAGACAGCAGAUACUCUCCUUGUCUGCAGAUCGUCGCAAUUUUCUGCGAGACCCUCCUGCUGGUGUGCAGUUUAACUUUGAGUUUGACCGCAUAGCGCCUGUCGCCAUGGUGAUGCUUCGAGAGGAUGAGUUGUUGAACAAGGUGCGGUUUGACUUGGUGCCCAAACUUGUGAAAGAAGAGCAAUUUUGGAGAAACUAUUUCUACCGAGUAUCUCUGAUCAAACAGUCUGCUGAGCUCUCUUUGCUAGCUGCUCAGCACACUGGCAGAUCCAAGAGGAAAGAGGAUCCAUUGGAGGACCGUACUUCAGCCACAGGUUCUACCUUGUCAAAGACUGCUCCAGUUCCAGUGAACAGCCAAAGUGAAUCUGUGGAGGACAACCUCCUAGAGGGCAUGGAAAUGCUUGGAAUGAGUGCUGGCAAGCCAAUACCUGUGCAAGAUGAUGACAUUCCAGAGUGGGAAAAGGAAUUGCAAAGAGAGCUACAGGAGUUUGAAAUAGUCGAAGGCAGCGAACAAAUCAACGAUGCCUGGGAAAAGGAAAUUGAGGAAAUGCUGGAAGCGGCGGCUGAUUCCAAGGGCUGACAGAAACCACUGAUUGUACUCUCCGUAAUGCAGGAGUUUCAUGUCGAGGAGGCAGUGGCUAUUUCUUUUGUCACUCUUGCUGAGACGGUAUUUUAAAGGUUUUGGACAGAGCCACCAUCAGUACAAUAAUCCUAUUCCUUUGAGGUGGGAUUUGGAUUGAAGUGAAUUGAAAUCGAGGUUUAGCACCACAUCCUCAGUACUGCAUUUUGCACAUUUUGAAACAGACGCAAGCACAGAUGAUGCAAACAACCUAUUUCACAACCACCACUACUUGCUUUGCUUUGUUGGUUUGUUUAUAUUUUCAACUCUGUAGAGACAUGUAAGGCACACCAAACAAACAGGCUUGGGUUCCACUAUUCUCUAAAUAAACUACGAACAAUGAGCUGAAUGAGGUUCUAAGAAAAAGGCUGAAGUCAUUUCAAUUACAAUAUAUAUCUUUCUCUCCAAUACUUGUUUGUCUUCUACUUUGAACUUUUUUGUUGGCUGCUAUGCUGCCAAGAUUCCCAAAGAGAUGUGGGUUGACACUGUUUGUUAGUUGUUACUUGCCAGCACUGGCGAUGGACUGGCAAAAUACCACUUGUUCCACUGUUUCAGUAUUAAAUGUGUGCUUUUCCUCCUUUAAUCUUCUCAACCUCCACCCUGUCGUUCUAAAUUAGUUGAAUAGCAUUUUCUUAUUGCUAACAUGCCUUGUCAAACUGUUUGCCUCCACAGUGUUCUGUUCGACGUUACCUAGCUGUAUUAAUAAGGCAGAAAUGGGAAAGAUGACGGGCAGAAACCAAGCUGGGUCCCAGAGCAUCGAACAAAUAUGGAUCGCGCUGUCUGCUUAUGUCACAGGCUGGUGGAAUUGGAUAUUCUUAUCAGUUUCUCCCAGUCGCCUCAGGAUCAUCUAAAUCCAUUGUUAACACUGAUGCCCGCCUGAUACAGUAGUCUGACAAUCUCAGAAAGAAUAUGUUAGCUAUCUUUUGAAUCCUGUUGCAUUGAAAUUAUUUGUUCCUUUUUAUUUUUUGACAAGAGUUGCAUUUUAGUUCACACUGUGAAUCUGAACAAAGGGGCGAGUAGAGAUUAUAUUGUACUGUAAUUGCUUGCGUAUAAAAAACAGACGAUAGGAAUAGAAUUCAUUAAGAAUCAUGGAGGUCGUGCCAUCUGCAAACGGUUCAUCACUUCAAUGACCGACACAAAAUAUUUUUUUUAAAGAAAGUUUCUCUUGGGUGUAUGUAAUAAAUGUAUGAAAAUUCCAAA